AUGUCUCAGACUAACUGGGAAGCUGAUAAAAUGUUGGAUGUCUAUAUCCAUGAUUAUCUGGUUAAAAGAGAUUUAAAAGCUACAGCUCAGGCUUUCCAAGCUGAAGGAAAAGUGUCAUCCGAUCCAGUCGCUAUUGAUGCACCUGGCGGAUUUUUGUUUGAGUGGUGGUCUGUCUUCUGGGAUAUAUUUAUUGCUAGGACUAAUGAGAAGCAUUCCGAGGUUGCUGCAUCAUACAUUGAGGUCUCUUUCGUUGCUUACCCGCACCACUAG